AUAAUAAAUAUUUAUUCAAAUACUAUUUGACUCUUCAGGUUACUUAUUACACUUUCACAUCAAACAACUUUCCAUCUGACCACAAGUACAAAAACAGAGAUAUUUCACUGAGAUUAACUAUCAAUGUCUCAAACGUCUUCCAUGUCUUUAACAGAGAGGGUUUAUAAUCAUCUUUGUCUUUCCGAUGCUUCUCUCGCGUUGUUGGGACUCUUUGUUUUCUGUUGCCUCCGUGAGAAGAUAACCAAAAAGGAGGGGCCAACGAUAUGGCCAGUGUUUGGAAUCACUCCAGAGUUCUUCUUUCACAGGAAUGAAGUCUAUAGUUGGGUCACAAGGUGUUUAACAAAAUGCCAAGGUACAUUUCUCUAUAACGGAAUGUGGCUUAGUGGCUCUUCUGGAGCUGUGACUUGUGUCCCUGCGAAUGUCGAGUACAUGCUCAAGACUAAUUUCAAGAACUUCCCCAAAGGCACCUUCUUUAAAGACCGGUUCACUGAUCUGCUCGAGGAUGGUAUCUUUAAUGCUGAUGCUGAGUCUUGGAAGGAGCAACGACGGAUCAUCAUAACCGAAAUGCAUUCAACCCGGUUCGUGGAGCAUUCCUUUAAGACAACACAAGACUUGGUAAGGGAGAAGCUGUUGAAGGUGAUGGAGAGUUUCGCAAAGUCACAAGAGGCUUUCGACCUCCAAGAUGUGCUCUUGCGCUUGACAUUUGACAACAUCUGCAUCGCGGGUCUAGGUGAUGACCCUGGAACUCUGGAUUCUGAUCUUCCCCUUGUUCCAUUCGCUCAAGCUUUUGAAGAAGCAACGGAAUCUACACUGUUUAGAUUCAUGAUUCCUCCUUUUAUAUGGAAGUCCCUGAGGUUCCUCGACAUCGGGUAUGAGAAAAGUCUCAGGAAAGCUGUUGAGGUUGUUCAUGAGUUUGUAGACAAGAUAGUUGUGGAUCGUAUCUGCAAGCUCAAGGAGGAAAAAACGUUAGGUAACAGAUCCGAUGUCCUCUCAAGAAUUAUUGAGGUAGAAAGUCACAAGAAGACUGAUGAAAAAGAUCCUUCCANGGUUUAUUAUUUUAUAAUGAUUUCAAUAAAUAAAAGUUUAUUNAGAGACACAAGUUCAGUUGCACUUACAUGGUUCUUCUGGGUGAUACAGAAACACCCAGAAGUUAAAAACAAAAUCAUCCGUGAGAUUAGAGAAAUAUUGAAAAAGCGAGGGGAUCAUCAAGAAACAAGCAAAAACGAGAGUCUCUUCACGGUCAAAGAACUAAACGACAUGGUAUAUCUACAAGCAGCACUUUCAGAGACCAUGAGACUUUACCCUCCAAUACCAAUGGAAAUGAAACAAGCCACUGAAGACGAUGUUUUCCCGGAUGGGACUUUCAUACGUAAAGGUUCACGGGUUUACUUUGCAACUUACGCCAUGGGAAGGACAGAAUCCAUUUGGGGAAAAGACUGUGAAUCAUUCAAACCAGAGAGAUGGAUCCAAGCAGGGAACUUUGUGAGCGAUGACCAAUUCAAAUACGUUGUGUUUAACGCUGGACCAAGGCUGUGUUUAGGGAAAACAUUUGCUUACCUACAGAUGAAGACAGUGGCUGCUUCAGUCUUGUUAAGAUACUCAAUCAAAGUUGUUAAAGAUCAUAUCGUUGUCCCCAGAGUUACAACAACCUUGUACAUGAAGCACGGUCUCAAGGUAACCAUCUCGCCAAAGUCCCUGGAAGAGAAGAUACACAUUCAAGACUAAGAUGAUUCACAGAAAACAGAGAAUGUUGUAUGAGAAGGUACUCAAGUCAUGUUCCCCUGUAGAAGGGUUUGCAAAAAGAUAAAUACUUUUUCAUGUUUAGUAUCCAAAACCACAAUGUAACAUCUUCACCUUC